UUUAAUCAGCUGUUUUGUUUUGCUUGAUGGUUUGUCGGCUGAUGGCUUCCACUUAAAAAUAUCUGCGCAGUUAUAAUAUUUACUAAAUAAAUUUUAGUACUUUGUGAACUAGAUUUGAUUACAUUAAUCAGUGCAUAUCAGCAUGGCCGAGUUAGAGAACAUCAAUCCCAAUGUGUAUAUGAAAUGCGAUGAUCGAAAGUAUACAGAGGACGAAGAAAACGAUGACAUUGUUGAUCCUUUUGAUGAGCGGGAAAUUUUCGACUUGAUCCGCAACAUUAACGACCCAGAGCAUCCGCUAACACUAGAAGAGCUUCAUGUGCUUGAACAGAGCCUAAUCAAAGUGGACGACGAGAAGAAUUCCAUCAAAGUGCUAUUCACUCCGACAAUACCCCACUGCAGUAUGGCCACAUUGAUCGGUCUCUCGAUUCGUGUAAAACUUCUCCGAGCCCUACCGCCUCGCUUCAAAGUUUCAGUGGAAAUCAACCCAGGAACGCACGUUUCAGAAAACGCAGUCAACAAGCAGCUGGCGGAUAAGGAGCGUGUAGCAGCAGCGUUGGAAAAUUCCCAUCUCAUUGCUGUUAUUAAUCAAUGCAUUGAUGUCCCUAUUCAAUAAACUUAUUACGUAUAUACAUAGAAUAUGAUGGAACAAUAAAACUUCAGUGGAUUGCAAUCACUGUCUUUGUUACUGAUAUAAAUCAAA